UGUGUGUGUGUGUGUGAUAUCGCAGACGUCACAGCCUGCCGUUGGUCCAGUUCAGAUCAGAUCAGAUGAGCCGUUGGUUCUCUUCGGAGGUAAACGGAACUAUAUCCGGACUUGACGGAAGUUAACCCGGGACAUCCCAGCUCACACUCUGUACCGGGACACUUCAUUUCUAUUUACCGAAAAUAAGCAGCACAAACAGCCGGGGCGGAGGGAGGGAGAAUCGCCGUUAACGUAACGUCCGUGACGUCGCCCGCCCGGGCUGCUGCUCCACUGGGUUUACUACCACGCUGUUUGUCUGGAGGGUCGUCAUCGGUGUUUGCUGAGUGAUCGAUUUGUCCGAUCGGAGCCUACUAGUGGGAGAGAAAAGUGUGUGAUGAUGGAGAAGAAGAGGACGGACUGUCCCGCUCUGCCGCCCGGUUGGAGGAAAGAAGAAGUGAUCAGGAAGUCCGGACUGAGCGCUGGAAAGAGCGAUGUCUACUACUACAGUCCUUCAGGGAAGAAGUUCAGGAGUAAGCCUCAGUUGUCCCGUUACCUUGGAAACACAAUGGAUCUGGGAUGUUUUGACUUCCGGACAGGGAAGAUGAUGCCUGGAAAACUGCAGAAGAACAAACAGAGACUCCGACAUGACCCGCUCAGCUUGGCCAAGGGAGGUAAACUGGACCUGAACACAGCUCUGCCAAUCAGACAGACAGCAUCCAUCUUUAAACAGCCCGUUACCAAGGUUACGAGUCACCCAGGCAACAAGGUGAAAACAGACCUGCAGAGAGCUAGCGAGCAGCCCAGACAGCUGUUUUGGGAGAGGAGGUUGAAAGGUCUGCGGCCAUCAGAUGUUACGGAGGAAGUGUUGCGGACGCUGGACCUGCCCAAUGGCCUGCAGAGUGUUGUGCCAGACUCCAGCGAUGACACUCUGCUGUCGGCUAUUGCCAGCGCUCUGCACAUGAGCUCUGCUCCAAUAACUGGACAGGCGUCUGUGGCUGCUGAGAAGAACCCAGCCAUCUGGCUGAACACGUCCCAGCCAUUCUGCAAGGCCUUCACCAUCACUGACGAACACAUCCGGGAGCAGGAGCUGAACGUGCACCAGGCCAGGAGGAGUCUGGAGGAGGCUCUGAUGGCUGAUGGUUUGGCGCGGGCCGCCGAAAACACCCAAGCUCUGCUGGAGGGGAACACGACCUGAACACAGAUGGAGUUCCUCUGUUCACCAGCCUCUGGGUUAUAAUUCUUAAUCCUGGCAACAAACCAAAAACAGACCACCCACAGACUUAAACUCACCUGCACUGAUCUGUUGUCUAAGUGAACAAUUGCUUCAACCCUUCCGUUAGGGAAACCAUUUUCAGGAUGACAUCACACCGGACACCUAUCAGCAUGUAAAAUCAAAGUGAUUUUCCAGAGCAACUACAGCUACAAUGGGAGCAGCAACUACAGCAACAAUGGGAGCAACAAUGAUAAACACACCAGCACCACCAGAUGCAACUACAAUAUGAUAACAAACAACUGCAGUAACAACAGUUGCAGCAACAGAAAAUGCAACAUAGGAGAAACAGCAGCAAUAAAUUGAGUAUCUACCUGCUCAAAGCAGCAACCAAAGCCUUUAAUCCUCUCUGCUCUAUUUUAUCAUCUGUACAAACUUUACAACAUGCACUUACCUUGUCUCACUUUUCAAAUUCAGAUAUGACUCCUUUAUUUUCUUUCUAUAUAUAUAUAUAUAUAUAUAUAUAUAUAUAUAUAUAUAUAAAGCUGAUUAAAAUAAUAAUUAAAAAAAUCAUCAAACCCAAAGUCAGCUCAAACUGCUGGACGGCUUUUGCUAACUCUAUUAACUGUUCUUUGAUGAUUCAGUUGUUUGUGAUGUCAGAUUGUUGUCAUUUUUAAAGAAGUCUUCAGGAGUUUUAAUGAAUAUGAAAUAGAACAAUUGCUUAUUUAAGACACAUUUUAUACCUUGAGAGAACAUACGUGUACAUUUCUUGGAAUGAAGUAAAUAAAUGAUUAUAUUCACAAUUUC